UGUACAUGCCGCCAACCUGAUAACGGCCGCCUGAUGGUCUUAUGUGAGAAUGAGGACUGCCCGGUCCAGUGGUACCACGGUGAUUGUGUGGGUAUCCAUGAUGAAUUGAGUGAGGAAGAAGAGUGGUAUUGUCCGCAGUGCGUGCCCGCACAGGAGCCUGGAGAGAAGGCAGGAGCAAAGACAAUAGGUAAGGGUCAGAAAAAACGUUGGGCGAACUGAAAGGGCGAGCGCAUGAACCCAGCAAGCGUGAUUAAAGAGAGAAGCGGGCAUUUCGCGCGAAUAGAUAGCUUCAGAGACAUAGCCCCAAAUG